GAAGCGAAAGAAAUAACGAUGAUAUUUAUUUGGAUGAACGUGGACUGGAAGUUGUCUUUGUUGCUACUUGCGACAGUGGGGCAAAUUCAGUGCAGCGAUGACGAGCAACCUCGAGAGAAGAGACAAGCGUUGUAUCCUCCGCCUCUUGUUUAUCCUUUUGGUGGCACUUUCAAGCUAGUCGUGGGCAUGGCGGUGCCGGUGCAGCUCUCAGGCCAGAUUUUGGUUUACGGCCAAAACCUUCAGUUCCAAUAUAUGUUACCAGACAACGCUACCUUCUUCACUAACUUCUUCCAGACCUCGUCACAAAGACGACGUCGAACAGCAAGCUGGAACGAAAGGGCUUUCGUAUACGACAUUUUACAACAAGAAUUAAACAUGCGACACAUCGAUGGGAAAGCUUGCUUAAAGAAGAAUAUUUGCGAAGCUGCUUCAACGUCGUUGAAAGACGAGGGAUUGAUUGGCGAAUUAUUGCAUUUAUUGUUAACACCAGAUCAGAGAGAAGCUUCGAUGAUGGACGAUGACUAUUUAGAAGCAGCGAUGGCUGGAAGAAGACAGGAGAAUUGCUCGAUGAUUUAUUCCACGUGUCCUGCUGGCCAAGGAAUUCUAGACAGAAUAUCUUCAAUUUAUUAAUUAACAAUAAGUUUUGUAUUAUCUGUUAUUUAUCUACUGAAUUAAUUACUGUCAAUUCUUACGAAAAAUUAUAAACAAUUUUGCACAUCGUAGUAACGUGAGAAAUAACCUGCUAUAAAGUUACAAUGCAUAUACUAGGAUACACUCACACUCAAACAUGCAGUAAAAACACAAAGGAUAGCCAGCAAUUCCAAUAUCGAGAUCCUACAACGAUUCCUGUUGAAAUCAUUAAAAGUCAUCUCUAAUGCUUCGUAGUAUAUAAUCGACGAAAUAAUUCAAAAUACGAAGAUAUCUACCUUCGGUCUCUGUCUCAGCAUUUAAAAAAGAAAUUUCAAAGUUGUACAAUCGCUAUACGUUACGCUUAAGGGAUCAUUUCAAUCUCUUAGCUAUUCGUUGCCAACUGUUAUAGAUAAUGCAGAACAUGUCCGUAGACCGAGAAGAUAUUUACUACACCAAUUCGAACUACACAAUAGAGAAGAUAAAGAUUCAAUCAGAUCGGUAUUUUCAUACUUAUCGAUAAGGUACAUUGCGUUUUAUUUUUGAACGUAGCCAUUCGUUACACAUUUUACUGCCUCCGCUUUUUUUUCUGGGUCCAAUUACACCCCUUGUGCACAUGUUACGUCAUUUGUCUCUUAUUUGCAGUGGAACACACACGUAAUACGUUACAUCGACGUGGUGGUUCGCAUUACGGACGAAAUAAACGAGUUGUCAUGUGCAUAACUUUUAUCGCUAAUUUCCUGUUAAUUAAAAGACGCUGCGUGUGAAAUAAUUUCAACUGGGAGCGGAGGCCCGUUUAUCAAACACGACACUCUUUGAUCUCCCUCGAUAUACACUUUCCCAUUCCGUUCUCCUUUUAAUCUUUCAUUUUCCUGUGUUCUCCAUUCCGUGGAUUUCCCUCGUAUUAAAGGAAAGAUUAAUCAGUGCGAGCGAGGGAAAAAUGGAGAAAAUGGAACAGAGGGAAACACGAAUCUGUAUUUUAUACAGCUGUGAGAUUAGGUUCAUAAAUACAUUUGUAAGACGAGCAUGCGAGGUAGGCGAGCGCGCAAUGGUGCAAAAUAAUUUAUCAUUAAUCUCCAGUUUUACUGUUGUUUCGGAUAUACAAUGAUGUCCUGUCGAGCAGAGAUUAACGCGAUUUCAAUGUUAGUUGUUUUAGGAGUCAAACGCAGUUACUUUAAUCUACGAUAGCUAAUUUAAUAGUUUCGUUAGACUACCUGGUCUCUGAUAUUGUAACUAAUUAUAUUUUUACUACUCCUAUUUUUUUUUCUUUUGUAGAUCACGUACAGUUUGCUGCGUUUAUAUGUUUUAACGAAUCCUUCAAUAAAUAUCUGUAUAUGUCUGGUAGAACGAAAAUACUAAUUUUUCAAUAUUUUACAUAAAAGAUUAUCAUUUGGCAGAAAUUCAACGAGACUGCGUUUGUCAAACUUAACGAACCGUUCUAUAAAUACUUAAGUCUAGUAUCGGGAAAAUAUCGAUUUCUUUACUAUUUUAUAUAAAAAUUUUCUUUUCGUGCAAGUUUAACAUACGCGGAAGCUUCGUGAAAACGAAAUCUUGAUUUAGUAAAACUUUUCUGUUUGCGAUAAUCAUUCCCAUUUGAUUUUGAAUACAUAGCUAUUACUCUACAGACCUUUCAAUCUUUAACCUCUCAGGUAACCUUUCGCAGAUGUCAUCUUAUUUUACGACGCGCCACUAUAGUGGCUCAUUCUGUUGACACAUUCGCUCACCGUUUGAACUAAACAGUAAAAUUUCAUUUG